AUGGCUUCACUACCGACUGAAGAAGGAUUUGAUCAAGCUGAAUUUGAUGAGACAGAAGAAGUAGAAGUUGAUCAAGACCAAACAACAGAUCCCACACAAGGUCUUGGAGAUGAUCAAAAUCCAUACACUGAAUCUGUAGACUUACUCGAGGAUCUAGUAAUUGAAUUUAUCACAGAAAUAACACAUAAAGCAAGUGAAAUAGGAAGAACAGGUCGAGUACAGGUCGAAGAUAUAAUAUUUCUUGUAAGAAAGGAUCAACGUAAAUAUGCUCGUGUUCGGGAUCUUCUCACGAUGAACGAAGAGUUAAAGAAAGCAAGAAAAGCAUUCGACGAAGUAAAAUAUGUUUCCAAUUAA